CACUAAAGCACUGCCCAAGAAGUCAACAUAAAAUUCCACCUACACCCGCGCUCAACAGUUUUGUUUUCAAUUAACCGCGAUGGGCGACAGUUCGGAUGAGGAAUACCUGGGCACGGAGUGGCUGCCUUACAGGGAACGACCCGAAUGGGUGGAUGUGGAGCCGCUGGCCCAGGAGGACGGCGCCAAUCCGGUGGUGUCCAUCGCCUACAGUCAAAAGUUUCGUGAGGUCUUCGACUACAUGAGGGCCGUCAUUGCCAGCGGGGAGAAGAGCCAGCGUGCCUUGGACCUCACCACGGAUGCACUGCGUCUGAAUCCGGCAAACUACACUGUUUGGCAGUACAGACGCGACAUCCUGCGCGAUCUGAAAGCUGAUUUGAAUGCCGAGCUGGACUACCUCAGCGAGGUGAUAAGCCAAAACUCGAAGAACUACCAGGUGUGGCACCACCGACGCGUCAUUGUCGAGAUGCUGAACGAUCCCAGCAACGAGCUAGAGCUCACGGAGAACGCCCUGGUCAACGAUGGCGACGCCAAAAACUACCACGCCUGGCAGCAUCGCCAGUGGGCCAUUCGCACCUUCAAGCUCUUCGACGAUGAGCUGAACUUUGUAGAUCGUUUGAUUUGCGAGGAUCAGCGCAACAAUUCGGCCUGGAACCAGCGCUUCUUUGUGAUCAAGCAUUUUGGAUUCACGCCAGACUUGGUGCAGCGGGAACUGUCAUACACCAUGAACCGCAUUCGCAUAAUCAAGAACAACGAGAGUGCCUGGAACUAUUUAGUGGGUGUGAUACGGCAGGGAGAGAAUGGAAAAGGUCAACUGAACAGCUACCCGGAGGUGGUGCAGUUCGUGGAGGAGAUCUACCAGUCUGGCAACCGAUCCCCCUAUCUGCUGGCCUUCCUCAUCGAUCUGUACCAGGAGCAGGCACUCCAACUAAAACACGGCGACAGCGAACAGUUGGCCCGUAAGGUAUACGGCCUGUGCGAUGAGAUGGCCAGCAAGCACGAUACGAUCCGUAGGAAGUACUGGCAGUAUGUGGCCAACCAUUUGAAGAACCAACUGAGCAAAGUCGAGACGAAGCAGCAACAGCAGUAGUCCAGGUUCUAAAUUCUUUUUUGCUUAGUUUUAAACCAUUUACGACGUACUUAGGCCUUCUUUAUAAAUAAAUAAAAUUAAAUUUACCAGUCUAA